UCCAACGGAGGGCAGCGGAGAGGCGCGUCUCUGGCGUUUCUCUUGAAACCACGCUACAGACAAACCGAGCGCACUGAGAAGGAAUCACACAGCAACGGAGCUGAUAGAAACAGCAGACGAGAGCAAGCAGGCAGGCAAGGCGCUCGGCUUCCACGUUAACGUAUAAUAGUAUAUAUUAACUUUUUUUGUUGUAAUUAAAAACACGCUCCACAGGCCGUCUUUGAACGGGCGGAAGCUCACAGGCGGACCGACUUUUAAGAGAAAUCAGUAAUCCUCGAGAGGACAGCCAGGGAGCCAGGCACCAGGCUUGACAAGGAGGAGACGGGGAAACAUGGCUGUAACAACCUGUACGCGAUUCACGGACGAAUUCCAGCUAUACGAAGAGCUGGGCAAGGGAGCAUUUUCUGUGGUGCGCCGAUGUGUCAAGCUGUGCACUGGACAGGAGUAUGCUGCUAAAAUCAUCAACACCAAAAAGUUAUCUGCGAGAGAUCACCAGAAACUGGAACGGGAGGCCCGGAUCUGUCGCCUGCUGAAGCACUCCAAUAUAGUUAGGCUCCAUGACAGUAUAUCAGAGGAAGGCUUCCACUACCUCCUGUUUGACUUGGUCACUGGAGGGGAGCUGUUCGAGGACAUCGUAGCCAGGGAGUACUACAGUGAGGCCGACGCCAGGUAGGCCCUGAAUCUCUCUGCGUGUGUCCGCUCUCGUCCUUGUUCCUGUCGGCCCCCCUUUAUGUCUGUCGUCUAUGGAUCUGUUCAUCUGUUUGUCCGAUGUUCAGACCCCCUCUCCACUUUAGGGAGUGUGUUGUCCUCUACCUCUUCUCCUGUCCUUUUUGAAUUUCUCUCUUUUCGUCUGAGUUCUCACCCAUGUCUUCCUCUCCUCAUCUGCUCUUCCUCUCCUCUGUUUUUCCACUCGGUGGCUCUUAAUUGCCUCCAUUGGUUUUCCCAUUCACCGCAUUUCCUUCAUUUAUUUUUGAUUUGCCGUGUAAGACCACAGCAUCACGCGUGUGUCCAAGGUCCUCCGGUGCCACACUGACAUAGCAGAGGCCGACAUGAGGAGUAGUCCCAGUGCAGUUAAGAUGCAGCGUUCACUCCCAUUCAAGCUGCUUUCCUCCUUCCCUUUCUCCUUUCUUCCUCUCCUCUGUUACUCAUGCAUUUAGCCCAAAGGAGGGAGAGCAAGCACAACAUGAUAGUCAUUAAAACUGCACAAGAGCAAGUUUUGUGUAUGUGUGUGUGUUUUUGUGUGUGCGUGCUUGUGCGUGUGUCCUUCUUUCUCCUGUCCUCAUUUUCCCCCGGCAUUUAUCAUCCACUUGUCUUUCGCAGCCCUUAUGUCGAACACACACGCACGCACGCAAGCGCGUGCACACACACACACACACACACA